AUUACGCGCACUGCAAGAAAGCAGGUCGAGCUGACAGCGUUUCUCAACACAAUAAAAACUCGGGUUUAAAUCAUGGCUGCACGUAGAGAGCCCGUGGAGGUGUAUUUAGAUUUGCUCUCACAGCCUUGCAGAGCAGUUCACAUUUUUUUGAAACAGAACAAAAUCCCUUACACCUUGAAACCCGUGGCGAUACGAAAAGGUGAUCAGAGGAGUCCAGAGUUUACCAAACUUAAUCCCAUGCAAAAGGUUCCAGUAAUAGUAGACAAUGGGUUUGUUCUAACUGAGAGUGAUGCCAUAUUAAAAUAUUUGGCCACCAAAUACAAAGUUCAGCAGCACUGGUACCCCCGUGAGCCUGAGCGACGAGCCCGGGUGGACGAGUACACAGCCUGGCACCACACGAACACGCGCCCACACGCAGCCAAGGUUUUCAUCCUGGAGGUUGUGAUUCCCCGAAUGACAGGCCAGGCCACGGAAGCAGUGAAGGUGGAGAGAGCGGUAACAGAACUAAACGGGACUUUGGACAAGUUGGAGUCGAUGUUUUUAAAAUCACAGCCCUUUCUGUGCGGAGAUGACAUCAGCCUGGCUGACCUGCUGGCUAUAUGUGAACUCAUGCAGCCUCUUGCUGGAGGCCGCGAUGUGCUGCAGGAUCGUCCGAAGCUUCUUGCCUGGAGGAGUCGAGUGCAGUCGGCUCUGCAGGACUCGUUUGAUGAAGCUCAUGUGGUCCUUUACCGUCUCAGAGACAAAGCCAAACUGUGAAUGCCUUGAAUCUACAGAGUAGAAGGGGUGUUCCUACAAUACAUGUGACUGGCAAUAUCCCUCCUACAAACCCCAGCACCUUAAAAUAGUUUCAAUACUAGUGUAUAAUAUGGACAAAAACACAAGGUCUGUCGCAAGACAUUGUUUUUUGCACAGGAGGAAAAGCAGCAAGUCUUUCUUGGCUUAAAACAAACACAUGCAAGCUACAGAUCCUGUGUGCUUGCAGAGGGGACAGCCUACUGACCUUAGAAACAUUGCACAUCUUUUAAUAUUGUUUUAUAUAAAGAAUACACAUUACCCAGCACCCGAUUGCAAGCUGUUUUUAACAACCAGUAUUGUAGGGAUGCAAAGGUAGAUAGCUGUAACACCCCCCCCCCCCCCCCCAAGCACUACAGAAAUGUAUAUGGAAUUGUAUUGUAUAAUUGUUAUAAAACAUCUCACAAAACUGUUAAUUAUUCAGUAAAAGUAUUUCAAAUCGAUUUUGUGCUUUUUUCAUUUAUAAUGAAAGCAUGUCUUUUUAUAUUUGUUUCAGACUAUCCAUCUGUUGUAUGCUUGCCCAGGAAAUGAUUAUACAGAACACAUUUUUCACCACCAAAUACUUUAUU